AUGAAGACAGUUAACUGUUACAUGCUGUUGUUCUGCUGGAAAGUAAUUUGCUGCAAUAGCUGUCAGCUCACCAAUAUUACCAUAGCAGUAGAAAAAGAAGAAUGUGAAUUCUGCAUUACAGUGAAUGCCACGUGGUGCUCAGGAUACUGCUUCACAAGGGAUCCUGUAUAUAAAUAUCCACCAGUAUCAUCUGUUCAGCAAACGUGCACCUUCAAGGAGGUUGUAUAUGAAACAGUGAAGAUCCCUGGCUGUGGCAACCAUCCAGAAUCUUUUUAUUCCUACCCAGUAGCUACAGAGUGCCACUGUGAGACCUGUGACACUGACACCACUGACUGCACUGUCAGGGGCCUUGGGCCAUCCUACUGCUCCUUCAGCCAGAAUGGAAGCAACCAGUGA